GAGCGGCGGAAGAGCGGCGGAAGAGCGGCGGAAGGCGGCGCCGGCGGUGAGGCCGGGCAGGCUCCGGGAACCGCUGCUCCGCGGGGAACCUUCCCCUCCGCCCGCGGGCACUGCAGGGACCCGGGCCCUGCAGGGACCCGGGCAGCCGCGAUGGACUCCGGCAGCGAGACCCACGAGCUCAACGGGACGGCGGAGGGCGCGGAGUCGGCGGCCGAGGAGCAGAGCAGAAGGUGGCAGUGGCUCCAAAGGAACAGACCCAUCAACAUCAACCACUACGCCAACAAGAAGAGCGCGGCCGAGAGCAUGCUGGACAUCGCCCUGCUGAUGGCCAACGCCUCCCAGCUCAAAGCUGUCAUGGAGCAGGGGCCCUCCUUCUCCUUCUACGUCCCUCUGAUCAUUCUCAUCAGUCUGUCACUCACCCUGCAAGUUAUGGUGGGAGUGCUCCUGAUAUUCCUUGUAAAAUAUGACCUUAACAACCCUGCAAAACAUGGAAAGCUGAAUUUCCUCAACAACCUUGCAACUGGACUAGUAUUCAUUAUAGUAGUUGUGAAUAUUUUUAUCACUGCCUUUGGAGUGCAGAAACCAGUUGCUGAGCCAGCAUCACGACAGUAAGGACCAGAGACCUGGAACAUUCAUGUUAGAUGCCAUUUGCAGUUGAGCCAGCUACACUGGACACAGUGGGGAAGGAAGAAUAAUUUGAAGAAGCUGGACACACCAAGCAGCUUUCUCAAGCUUCCAACAAACUUGUAUACCUGAAAUUUUCCCAUGUGUUAAUAUUUAAACUGUUUGGCAUCUAAGAAAAGGUUGGUUUUGCCCCGAGGACCCUGUUUUUCUGGAAUAUUGGCAUUUCAAUUUCUGAAGAAACUUUUUUUUUUCAGAGAAGUGACCUAAACUAUGAAACAAGGAAAUAUCAUCUGGUUGCACUUUACAGGACUUUUCUUUUUACAUGCCUUUGGUUUUUGUGGCAAUUUUUCAUUUCCACCAUGUUCAGAAAUGUCAGGCCUUUGAUUCUGGCGUGGUCACGUUGUCCUUUAUUUCACAGCUUGGCACCAAGCCCAUAUACUCUGUAGCCCAGCAGGGCUCUUCCUUUGCAGCGUGUAAAGGUAGCUGUGCCUUGUUUGUCUUUUUUUUCCACUCUAGCUAAAGCAAAGAUGAGACAAACAGGAACAAGCAGUGUGCUUUUGUCCAGUUUUGUUCACAGGUAAUCAUUUGUAUUGUUUCUUCUGGACACAGUUAAAAUUUCCUGUCCAUCAUGCACAGACACAAAUAACCUAAUUGUUGAUGGUUUCUUACCAUGAACUGCUAUUCUGUGUAUUUUGUGCAUUAUAUGUAUUUAUUUUUAUCACAGAGUAGUUUGGAUUCAAGGGACCUGUAAAGGUCACCUCAUUCCACCCCUGCCAUGGCAGGGACACCUCCCCCUGUCCCAGGCUGCUCCAGCCCUGUCCAGCCUGGCCUUGGGCACUGCCAGGGAUGCAGGGGCUGCCACAGCUGCUCUGGGCACCCUGUGCCAGGGCCUGCCCACCCUCAUUGUAAAAGGUUCUUUCUCGUAUCAAAUUUCUGGAAACUUUAUUAGGAAUGCCAGCUUUUCUAGGCUCAGCUGGUAAACUGGAGGAUCCAGAGUGAACUUUACCUGCUAAACUGGUUCCAAGUGCCUGUCAGCAGCAAUUCAAAUGGCAGAACUGAGUUCUUCUCUCUAGUUUCCUCUCUCUCCUCCCAUCAUUGAUUGCUGCAGUUUUGUGACUUUAUGCAUUUAUGGCUAAAAGCAAAACAAAUUUUUUAAUUUUAAAUAUAUAUAGAGAGAUAUAAUUAUCUUCUAGGCUCUUACCUGCUGGCUCAGGGACUCACACUUUUUCUAAAUACACUAUUGCUAGUAAUGGUGUAGGUUACAAGAACUUCUUCAAGAAAAACAUUUUUGUCAUUUUAUUUUGAAAGUAUCAUAACUGCAAUCAGAAAAAUCUUAUAUGUAGAUGCAGAUUUGUAUUAAUCAAUUAAUCAAGAACAGAAAUUUGACUUCAUAUGUCUCAUGUCAUUUACAGUUUUUAUUCCUGACCUUUGUCUUUGGUUAUGUCUCAAAGCCCAUUGCUGUACCAGACUUUCAGGUAUAUGUUCUGUAAGAAUUACUAACAGAAAACAAAUCAAACUUGUGUGAUUAGUAAUGGAAUAGACAUUAUUUUUUAUUUUCUGA